AUGGUAAUUGUCCGGCAUCGGGCUAACCGCCGCGAAUUCGAGAAGAAGCUCUUGAGGAAGAUUGACCUCUGGCUCGUGGGCUUCUACUCUCUCGUCUACGUCUUUCGAGUCAUCGACAGCGCAAAUUACUCCAACGCCGCCAUCAUCAACCUCGAAGCCGGCACCGGCAUCAAGAAGCAGCUCGGUCUCAGCCCAUCACAGUGGGCCUGGACGCUUUCCAUAUUCUCAUACAGCUACCUCAUCUUUGAGCCGACAAACACGAUCUUGCUAAAGCUGUUCAGGCCCUCGAGAUGGAUGUUCAUCCUGAUCAUGGCGUGGGGUGUGUCUGCGUGCUGCUCCGCCGCGGCGACGAACUUCUCGGGCAUGAUGUGUGUUCGCUUCGCGAUAGGCAUGGCUGAGGCUGGCUUCUUCCCGUCAGUGUUGUAUCACUACGCGUUCUGGUAUAAACCGGAAGAGAUGCCGCAGCGUAUUGCCUUCUUCUACUCCGUGGGCCAGGUCUCUAGUGCGCUGUCUGGAUUGUUGGCAUACGCCAUCUCAUACAUGGAUCAGCUUGGCAAUGUCUCUGGUUGGCGGUGGCUAUUCAUACUCGAAGGACUACCUGCUAUAUUCCUUGCAUUCUUUGCUUUUUGGCUGCCUGACUAUCCAGAAUCAGCCAUGUUGAAUGAAGAGGAGCGGCUAUACAUGAAGCAGAGGCUUGCCAGGUCUGUGCCAAAGGGAGAAGCGCAUUGGGACUUCAAGUCUCUCAAAGUCAUGGCCCGGGAUCCGACGCUCUACACUUUCAGCCUGUACUGGAUCUGCCAUGGUAUUGGAGGGUUCGGGGUUGGGUUUGCCUUGCCGACUGUCAUCUACCAGCUGGGUUUUACUACCACAGCAUACUCCCAGUUGAUGAACAUUCCUCCGUACGUGUCGGCUUUCUUGCUCUUAAACACCUUGGGCUUUAUGCUUCAAAGAAAGUGGAUCGGGCCAUGGGUAACAGCCGUAGGAAUUGAAUCAACAAUCAUCGUAUGCUACAUCAUCCUCUUAUUUGUCGAAAACCCGGUGGUGCGCUACAUCUGCCUGAUCGUGUCUGUAGCCUGUGCCGGAUGUGCAUACCCGGUAAUUUGGCCGGAGCGCAUCAGGGCGCUUGAAGGAACUGUGGCAUCUGGUAUCGGGAUUGGCCUGACAAAUGCAUGCGCUCAGUUCGGUGGCAUUGUCGGUCCACAUGUCUUCAGUACGGUGUUUGGCCCUCGAUAUCGAAUCUCGUACGCGGUCAACUUGUCAGUGCUUGUGGUUGGUAUCUGCUCGAUACUGACUAGCUGGCUACUCGUUGUCAGGAAAGACAGGAAGCGCCUGGCACAAGGUUGA